AUGGAGAUGAUCUAUUCCGACAUGGCAUCCAUUGAUAAAAGCCUCGCCUUGGCUGGAUUCCUCCAAACCUUCUUGCGUGAUUUGAUUCUCCCUUCUCUGUUAUCUUUAUUCUAUCUCUUUUGCACCGGCUCUUUAUUCUUUGACGUGGUCCAUUAUAUGCUGCAUCGAACGGACAAAUCGUCUCUUCCUGUUCUCCGAAGUCUCGCACGCAUUCACCGUUUCCAUCAUCUGUAUUUUACUCGGCAUAUGAAGUUCGACGAUAGAUAUCUCUGGCGAAAUCUGGUUCAAGCGCUACCGCUUGAGUUAGGGCUUCAAAUCCUUGGAACUGCACUAGGAUAUGUCUUUGCUGCUUUGGUGACUCCCGCCGGCCUUGUGUGGGUACCACGGAGUCACCUCUGGUCUAUGAUGGGCAUUCAAAUCUUCAGAACGACGUUUGUAAUGCUCGCGAAUGGCCGCGACUCGAACCAUCUGGUGUACAAAACCGCCCCAAAAGAUCCCAACUGGAUAUUUGCUGGCCCGGAGUUCCACGCCCUCCAUCAUGUUUACCCGGAUCGCUACAUUGGAUCAUUUAUCAAACUAUUUGACUGGGUGUGGGGCACCGCCUACUCCUUUCGAGGGAAACGCUUCGUGAUCACGGGUGGAAGCGGAGCCUUUGGCCAAGCUAUUGUAGCAGAGCUUGAACAAGAAGGAGUACAGAGCAUUCGCAAUUUGAAGUUCGGCGUCGAUUGGGACCAUCACCACUUUGAAAAGGCUAUCGCAGCGCUUUCCGCGUGUGACGUCCUCAUCCUAGCCCACAGUACCGAAGACCAAGACGCAGAUUGCAAUUCUGCAGUCCAACUGGUGCGACUAUUCAAACAGAAUAGAUCUUUCGGCGAAACCAGUCCGACGCUUCCAGAAGUGUGGUACGUUGGUAGUGAAAUUGAAUUACUUCCAUCAUUUGGAAAUGAACAAUUACAACGUUAUUCCCAAUCAAAACGACGCUUUCUCCCACAUGCUCGUUCAUUCUUUGAUGACCCUGAUAUGCUUUACCGCCAUAUUGUCCCAUCAUCUUUUCGGUUACCGUUGGGGACAGUUAUACCCCCGGCAGGUUGGGCAGCUAAGGGUGCAAUGUGCUGGAUUCGGAGAGGUGCCCGAUAUAUCCCUGUUACAUAUACGGGAAUUGCAUAUUUGAACUACUUCAAGUUUAUGCAUUGGGUUCCCUACGCACAGGAUACAGAUAAAUCGUGA